AUGGAAAAUUUUGAUUACAUUAGAACUAUUACAAUGAGUAUAUUUAUUAAUUUAUUAACGAUUUAACUCAAAAAGGACUUCAAUAUGAAUUACUAUAUGGAAAGCUAAUUGUAAAAAAUGAGUUAACUACUUGACUAAAAGUAAUCAGAGAUCAAUUCAUUGAAAGCAUAAGUAGAUAAAUAUUCAAACUAUGAAUCGUAUAUAAUGCCUCUUAUUCCAGAUAAUUAGAAGAAUUGA